AUGAUCAGUACAGUGGACUUCAGCGCGCUGGACUUUCUCUGCGCAGCGACGGAAAACGGCGCUCAGACCGAGCGUGAUGCCGGCUUUGAGGGGCUUCUGAAGCCUAAACUUGAGCAGCCGGAUCCCGCUUUCCUCCCAGACCUGAGUGAAAGCUCGGCUGACGGGCUGCCUCCUUCCCCGCUGACAUACACCGGCACCCUCCACACCGAGACAGCCGCGUGCAGCGCGGACGCGCUCCUCAACAUGAUCACGGAGAUUGUGGGCAUCUGCACAAAUUCCAUCUAUGACAGCCACCGCGAUGACUUCUCGCAGUCGGUGGCGGGCGCGAGCUCCCGCGGCGGCGCGCUCUACAGACAGGGCUCGGUGGGCUCCACGGGCAGCUCCACGCCUUCGCUGGGAUCCCCCGAGUCGCUCUGCAACGACCCCUCAGAUGAUUUAAUGGAUGUGGCGGGCCUGCAGCAGCUGUUCCCGGUGACUGUUAAAAAGGAGCGCGAGGAGGACUGCCGCGGCUGCGACUUCUUUGAUGAGUUGAGUGUGUCAGACACCCGUCUCUCAGAUCAGGAUGCAGACCUGGACGACAUCAUCGACCUGCUUUCCCCACUCUGCCCUGAGACUGACUCUUUGGACACUCCUGCUUUGGACACUUGGAUAAAACAGGAGCCGGUUUGCGUGGAACAGUGCUCACACAGCGCUCCUCUGAGCGCCUCGUCUAUCCAAACUCCUGCCACUACUCCAUCCACUCUUACCGGAAACGCGUUCUACAGAACAGCUUUCACUAACAGCCAGGUGUUUGAUCUGAACUGCUCUUCAAUGCUGGACUCUCUGCUCUUCUCUAACUCUUCAACCACCAGAAGCCGAGGUCAAGCGACUAAAACGGGCACCAGGAAAACCCCGCGUGAAAAGCCCUUUUCCUGCCCCGUGGAAAACUGCGAUCGUCGCUUCUCUCGCUCCGAUGAGCUCAACCGCCAUGUGCGCAUCCACACGGGCCACAAGCCAUUCCAGUGCCGGGUGUGUCUGCGGUGCUUCAGCCGCAGCGACCACCUGACCACGCACAUGCGCACGCACACCGGUGAGAAGCCCUUCUCGUGCGACGUGUGCGGGCGCCGCUUCGCCAGGAGCGACGAGAGAAAGAGGCACUGGCGGGUGCACAUCAAGCAGAGGGAGAGGAUGCAGCAGAAAGCCGAGCUUCUGGCCGCGCGCGCUUUCGCCUUACCGGGACUCGUGUGA